GUCUGGGGCACCCCAAAGAGGUACAGAAGACGGCAUGCCGGAGGUGCCAACCUUUCCCGUGAACCUCUGCGAUGCGUUUUGGAUUUGUGACCUCAGAACUAAAUCGUGCCAUCCUUAAAGCCGCACCCUCCUGUUGUGGGCAAAGUGACUCAUCACAGCAUCGAACUGUACUGGGAUCUGGAAAGGAAAGAGAAACGGCAAGGACCUCAGGAGCAGUGGCUUAGGUUCUCCAUCGAAGAGGAAGACCCCAAGAUGCACAAUUAUGGUGUCAUUUACACGGGCUACUCGACAAAGCAUGUGGUUGAAGGUCUAGAACCAAGGACACUGUACAAAUUCCGACUGAAGGUCACCAGCCCCUCUGGAGAAUAUGAGUACAGCCCAGUCGUCUCGGUGGCUACAACCAGGGAGCCCAUAAGUAGCGAGCACUUCCACCGUGCUGUCAACGUGAAUGAUGAAGACCUCCUGCUCCGCAUCCUGGAAGGAGGCCAUGUAAAGGUGGACGUGCCCAACAAGUUUGGCUUUACUGCCCUCAUGGUUGCUGCUCAGAAAGGCUAUACCAGGCUUGUGAAGAUCCUAGUUUCCAAUGGCACAGACGUGAAUCUAAAGAACGGAAGUGGCAAGGACAGUCUCAUGCUUGCUUGCUACGCGGGCCACCUGGAUGUUGUGAAAUACCUCCGAAGACACGGAGCAUCUUGGGAUGCCAGAGACCUUGGAGGCUGCACGGCUCUGCACUGGGCUGCAGAUGGAGGCCACUGCCCCGUGAUUGACUGGAUGAUAAAGGACGGCUGUGAGGUGGAUGUUGUGGACACUGGCUCAGGAUGGACACCGCUCAUGAGAGUCUCUGCUAUGACAGGAAGCCAGAAGGUAGCUUCGCUCCUCAUCGAGGCUGGGGCUGACGUGAACGUGAAGGACAAAGAUGGAAAGACGCCUCUCAUGGUUGCCGUCUUAAAUAACCACGAACAGCUAGUUCAGUUACUUCUUGACAAAGGGGCGGAUGCAAGUGUGAAAAACGAGUUUGGCAAAGGUGUCCUAGAAAUGGCCAGAGUUUUUGACAGACAGAAUGUACUCUCCUUACUAGAAGAAAGAAAAAAAAAGCUGCCAAGAAAGUCCUCCGUCCACUGAUGGGAAGGAGCGUCCCCUGUCUGAGAGACCGACAGGAGCAAAAGAGCAAACCCUGACUGCUGGGCCGGCCACGCGAUGUGCGGGGUAUCCGAGGCCAAGACGUUUAUUUAUUUAGUUGAAGAUUCACAGUGACUUUUAUGUAACAGGCAACUCUUCCCACCUUGAAAUACAUCUUUUUACUUAAGCACAUGCAUAUGUGGUCUCGUCACUGGACGUCCAUAGAACAGGGAUGUUUUCUUACCCCGUGCCUUUGCAGUUAGACACGAAACCAAAUAUUUAUGCACUGGUGCUACAGAAAUGUGCACACAGGUCCUCACUCCUGUGCUUUCCCCUCACCCGCCCACACUGUCCUCAUGAUGCUCCAGGCCUACUGGCCUUCUUCUCAUGUGUUUCUUAUUAUCUCUCCCGCCCAAGUACAGUCCAGGCUGCUGUGGCCUCCCGCAGUGGGGUGCCUAAGCACCCAGGCGUUUUCUCUUAGACUCUUGGCCUCACGUCAAAGAUCACAAACACGUAUCUGAAGAUGGUGCCAUUCUGUUAGCAGUGCUGGGAGGACAUGUCCACCAGUUCAUGGGUUUGUAUGGACUCAUCUCUUUGGUCAAAGGACCCAGCCCCCAGGGGGCCGGACAGCUUCACCAGUGAGUAGCAUAUCACAUUUAGUUUGGAGAGCAGACAAGAUUUUUGAGGCACCUCGUAUAGUUUGUAGACAAAGAGGGGCUAACCACCACCAAGACCAUUGGUUAAGAGCUUAAAGAGAGAAAUGUGGGAAGCUUUAGCUGGGCCAAGCUUAGAUACCAGCAAAGCGAGCAGCACACAUACAUUUUUGAGUCUCUGGGGACAAGCUGGUUCACUUGGCCCUUUAUAAGGUACUUAUUAAAGCCCUUACAGGAGUGCAUUUUUUUUAUAGUAGGGAAGACUAAUGAAAAGGUAACCAAGGGUCCAUACUAGGGAAGCCACAGAGAGAACACUUAUACAUUGAAAUAGAUGUGAGCAGCUGUCAGGGGGCUUCUCUGCAGAACCACAGAGCAUUCAUCUGAGAAUUGAUCUGUGGGCUGUGUAUAAGCUUGGCUAUCGAUGCUGCGUUGGCAUUUUGCCUUUCAUAUAAGGGCUUUUCUUCUGCUUUGUUCGUGAUCAGCAUUGCCACCCAGCUUCCCGUCCUCUCUGGGCCUGAUGCAAACGGCAUUCGCCAGCCCCUCUAUGGAAGAAGGACACAUCACAUGCUUCCUGGCCAGCAUCCUGCUUGGAAACAUUGUCAACUGUCUGGCCUUACUACUGAACCAUGCUUACAUUCCUGAGAUGGUCGCACUGGGUUCUGGUGGA